AUGAGUAACGCACCGGGAUCUCCGUCACGGGACGGGAAAGAGGACGUAAACAACGAGGAACCCAAAGACAUGAGCGCGGAGAAAGGAUACAAGCCUCAGCGGAGCAGCCUGCCGUUCAGCGUUGAGUCGCUCAUCGCGAAGACCACCACCUGCCGAAGCUCGUACUCUUCCACAGACCUGGCUCUCAAGCCCGGGACACAGGUGCCCCAGAUCCCCCAAAGGACUUUUUACACAGAGCGCUCCUCUGCAGACAGCGCCCACUCUUCGUCCUCUCUCUCUCCGACUGAGGACAGCGCGCAGAGCGACAAAGACCAGAGCACUUGGUACCAGGCGGCCUCCUUCUCCUCUCCACCGAGAAGCUCGAGUCCCGCGCAGUGCACUUUGCGCAAGCACAAGAACAACCGCAAACCUCGCACACCGUUCACUACCUCACAGCUCCUGGCGCUGGAGCGCAAGUUUCGUCAGAAACAAUAUCUGUCUAUAGCGGAGCGGGCCGAGUUCUCCAACUCCCUGAACCUGACGGAAACUCAGGUCAAGAUCUGGUUCCAGAACCGCAGGGCCAAAGCCAAGAGGCUACAAGAGGCCGAGCUGGAGAAGUUCAAGUUGGCCUCCAAACCCGUGCUCCCUGCUUUUGCUUUACCUUUUCCCAUUGGAGCGCACGUCGGCUCCCCGGCCUGGAGCCCCUCCAACGGCUUCCCACGGCCCAGCGUGCCGGUCCCGGGACUGUUCAGCGGGCCCGUGGCCUACGGGAUGUAUUACCUGUCUUAG